AUGUCCAUAUUCCAGAAAAGUUUGGGCUGUCUCUUCCUCUUCUGUCUCAUCUGCUCGACUGAGUGCCGGGUGCUGAAGUUUGUCGUGGCUGUGUUUCGACAUGGAGAUCGAUCUCCCAUUGAGUCGUAUCCCAGGGAUCCUCAUGGAGAGGAAGUGUGGGCUCAGGGUUUCGGACAGCUGACUGAGGUGGGCAUGCAGCAACAGUUUGAGCUGGGCAGGUUUCUAAGGAGGCGUUACAGCAACUUCCUCAGUGAGGACUACAAUAACAAAGAGUUAUACGUGAGGAGCACUGACUACGACCGCACUCUGAUGAGCGCCCAGGCCUGCCUCGCCGGGAUGUUCCCCCCGACCAGACGCCCGGCUCCCAUCAUGCCCCAGUUACUGUGGCGUCCUAUUCCAGUGCACACCACCCCCAGGGCACAGGACAAGCUGCUGAGGUCUCCGGGCAAAGACUGUCCUAGGUUUAGAGCGCUGAUGACGGAGACUUUUGAGAGUGAGCAUUACCAGAGGUUCCUCAAGGCUCACCAGUUCUUUGUUGAAGGACUUUCCAACCACACUGGCUACCCCGUCUCCAAACUGGUUGGGAAAAAAAUGUGGAGGGUCCACGACACUCUAACCUGUCAGAGAAUCCAUAACUUGACUCUCCCACGCUGGGCCACCCAAGAUGUUCUGGACACCCUGAGGAGAAUUGCAUCAUUUGAGGUCAUGUACAGCAUCCUCAGUCACAAGAGGAAAGAAAAGGCCAGGCUCUCGGGAGGGGUGCUGCUGAAUGCCAUCCUGAGGAAUUUCUCCAGGGCUGUAGAGCAAGGGAGUCCUCUCAAAUUCAUUAUGUACUCAGCUCAUGACUCUACACUCAUCAUGCUGCAGGCGGCUUUAGGCGUGUACAGCCUCCUUCCUCCUUAUGCCGCCUGUCAACUCUUUGAGUUCUACCAGGAGUAUGAUGGUUCUUAUUCUCUGGAGCUGUAUUACCGGAAUGACUCGUGGCGCGACCCCUUCCCCAACCCUGUCCCAGGAUGCAACGGGCUGAACCCCUGCCCUCUGUCCAUGUUCACUGAGGUGAUCCGGGACGUGGUGUCAGAGAACUGGGACGCUGAGUGUGGGUUUCGGACAAAAUGGUCAAGCACAGGUGUCAUAACAGCUCUUGCAGUGGCCGUGGGUCUCCUGGCAGUGGCGCUGUUGUUCAGCAUAGUGGUGGCAGUCCGCAGGAGGAGACCUCAAUACUCCAGGGGUGUAGUGCAGAAGACUGUCACACUUAUCCCAAAAUACGAAGGUGCCUCUCUAACAAUAAUGUGCCUUGUUAGUUUCUGAUCCUGUGCAGGGGCUCGUGACCCUUUAACUUAUUCUUGUAUAAUGUUGUUUGUGUGAAAGAACAACAUGAAAAAAAGGAGAAAAAAGCCUAUAUAAAAUAAACAUUAUUUAUAGCACACAUCAGUAGAUUUUAUUAGAUUCACUCUGUGACAGUGUGUAUUUCACACACUGACAUCCACAUUUUGGUUCAUAUCAUUUCACAUUCUUUGCUGAUCGGUUUCUCACUCCUCCUGCGC